GGGCGUGCCGGGGGCAGGGGCUGCCGCGCCGCGCCCGCCGCUCGCCUGUCAGGGACGAGGAUGGCGGAGAGCGAGGCCGAGACCCCCAGCACGCCCGGCGAGUUCGAGAGCAAGUACUUCGAGUACAAUGGGGUGCGGCUGCCGCCCUUCUGCCGGGGCAAGAUGGAGGAGAUCGCCAAUUUCCCGGUGAGGGACAGCGACGUCUGGAUUGUCACCUACCCCAAAUCAGGCACAGGCUUGCUACAGGAAGUGGUAUAUCUAGUGAGUCAGGGAGCUGAUCCAGAUGAGAUUGGACUAAUGAAUAUAGAUGAACAACUUCCAGUCCUAGAGUACCCUCAGCCUGGUCUGGACAUCAUCAAGGAACUGACGUCUCCUCGUCUCAUAAAAAGCCACCUACCAUAUCGUUUUUUGCCUUCGGACCUCCAUAAUGGCAAUUCAAAGGUAAUAUACAUGGCUCGCAACCCCAAAGACCUGGUGGUGUCUUAUUACCAGUUUCACCGCUCCCUAAGGACCAUGAGCUACAGAGGAACAUUUCAGGAGUUCUGCAGAAGGUUUAUGAAUGACAAGUUAGGAUAUGGUUCGUGGUUUGAACAUGUGCAAGAGUUUUGGGAACAUCACAUGGAUGCCAAUGUACUUUUUCUCAAGUAUGAAGAUAUGCAUAAGGACCUAGCAACGAUGGUUGAGCAGCUGGUAAGGUUCUUAGGAGUUUCUUAUGACAAAGCACAGUUGGAAUCCAUGGUGGAACACUGCCAUCAACUCAUUGAUCAGUGCUGUAAUGCAGAAGCACUUCCCGUUGGCAGGGCACAUUGAUCUUUACUCUGAAGAUAAUCCUGAGCUGCUGUGAAAGCAGAACAAUGAUUAGAUAUGUUACUUAUAUUUGACUCUUAUCACACCAUAAUUUACACAGUUGCAUGAUUCAAAUCAUAAACCAGGACGAGUUGGGCUAUGGAAAGACAUCUUCACUGUUUCAAUGAAUGAGAAAUUUGAUUUAGUUUAUAAACAGAAGAUGGGAAAAUGUGACCUCACAUUUGAUUUUUAUUUAUAAAAAAUGCAUGCAUAUGAUAUCCAAAUAUAGCUAGAAGUGCUUUAUGCAUUCAUUUAUUACCUGCUGGACAAACUACUGUAGCUAUUAUGUGUAACAAGAUUUAAAGAAAGAAAAACAAUCUAAGUAAACCAUAUCAGAUACAAUUAUCUUUGAUCCUAAACAGCUGUUUUUCUUCUAGUAUUGUAAUCCUUUGUCCACAUGCAAGAACUUCCUAGACAAUACUAGAAUAUUCAGCUGUUACGGGAUGUGUUAUAUAUGUAUAAGCUAUGUAUCAUAUAUGCAACUAGAAUGUACACCUUUUCAGCCCCACAUUGAUUAUUUAAUGUGUUUUAUAAAAGCUUUUCACUAGAACCUAAAUAAACGUCCGUAAACCAAAUAAAAAAUUAUUUCAGAGGGAAACAAGUAACAGGCCAAAACUGUAUGCUAGAAUGAUCUCAGGGGUUAAUCGUCACAUUUAUUUUUAUAGCAGGUAUAUCAAGUAUAAAUAAAUCCCAUUCCAAAAUAGUGACUGAUCAAAGUGGGGUUCACAUUAGGUUCUGCACACCCUUACCUGUAUAAUCUGAGUAGGUUCUGUGCACUGGCAUACUCCGCAAGACAGGCCUUGUUGUGAAACAUAGCUGUGAUUGUCAGUCUAAUCCCCAAACCCACCCAUGCUUUCAUGGAUGACACCACACAGCUGUCUUCCUGAUGGAUGAAGUUCAGCUCCGUGCUGAAGGUCAGCAAACGGAAGCUUCUUAAGCCCCCAACUCUAAUUCAGUCCCUCAAAAUGGGGCUUAAAAGCAAGACAUCUGGCACAGGGUCUUUCUUGAGGAAUCGGAGUCUCUGACCUGCGUCGCUUUCCUGUGUAGAUGUGAAUUUCACCCAUUAGAUACAGAAAGAGAAGAGAAGGUGCUGGAUAUCCUCUAGUUCCACUAAAAGUUAAGGGCACCUAACACUGUUUACAGUUUGUGCUACUGGACUCCACCAGACCUAAGUGGAAGAUGAAUAUACAUGCCAGUGUAAAGCAGGCAGAGGAAACAGAAGCACUGAAGGGAGUUUGAAAACAUGCCACCAGGUGGGAGUAUUGCACAAAAAUUCAUGCAGAAUACAGUUGCAGUAAUUGUUAGCCAUGACUGGUCUGGAUUAUAAUCAGGAUUCAAGUUUAUUUCUGUAUCUUUUUUUAUUCUCUAUGACAGGUACACAAACAGCCUGAACCAGGCUACUAUCACUAUAAAACUCUCCAGAAUUAUUUUAUUGUUCUGUUAGGUAAUGACAUAUAUGCUUUUUAGGUUCUCGGCUGCAGGAGGCCCAUUUUUGCUAGUCAAAUAUUCAGGCUCACCAAAAGCCAUGAGAAAGGACUAGCAGAUUUUUAGUGUUUCAGUUCUGUUGGGAAACUAACUGUCAGUUCAGCAACUGGCAAGUGGUGUAGCAUGAUGUGGCUUGACAGCACUUUUCCUUGUAUAUUUGUGAGUGAAAAUGCUUUCGGUGAAAUUUUAUUUCUAUUUUUAUAUUUUUAGUACUGUAUGAAUAUUAAGCACUACACAUUAUACUUCUGUGCUUGCUUGCUUAUUGAAUAAAAGAUGUGUUCCAUG